UGUGCCCAUCCACCACUGCGGUCCGUUUCCAAGUUGAAGUACUCCAUGUAGUGUUGUGGGCAGAAGUCCGCCAUUCUGCCAACUGGUUCUGCCAAACCGGUUCUGCCCGGCAGAUGGCAGAAUUCUGCGGGCAGAAUCCGGCAGAAUGUCAAACUACAGGGAUCACAGUGCAAUAGCUUUCUUCACCUUACUUGGCCAUAGUAGCCUUUUUCGAACGACUCAGAGCAACUGCACUUCCUUACCUGUAGAGUAGAAGAAAUUUUCAAUUGUACAGCCUGUACUCCUCUGUCGCGCACCAUUUUCAGGUGGACACGCUGAUGGAUUAGCAUGGUGGGAGAGUCUUGCAGUCAGUGCUGACGGACAUCUUUUGAAGGCACUUGCAAUCACCCUCUUAUCCAUUGUUCCCCAUGCUGCUGACGUCGAACGCCUCUUCUCGGAUAUGGGUAGCACUCAGUCUCCGAAGCGCUGCAAUCUCUCAGUAGACACGUUUGAAGCGCUGGCCAAGAUUCGAAAGGCCGUGGUUAAUGGCAAGCCAAUUCGUCGACGUCACGCACACAUGCACACCAAUGCCGAGCCAGGCAUCAACAUCGAUAUAGCUACUGACCUAGAAGCCAAUUUUGCAUGGGCGCCACCACUCGCACCUCAGACUCAGAACAUCGAUGAUGAUCUUGUGGGUCCUGAUUCCUGAAUCCAUAUCACUCGACGAGAUUGACGCUGCAUUUGCGCUACUGGAACGCGAGAAAGAAGCCAUGGAACGAGAGCUGGUUGACGGAAAUGAAGUGCUAGAGGGCCAAGUUUAUUUUGCGGAAUUGGAGCAUGUUGAUAGUCUUGUACCGAAAUCUGUUGACGACGAGAUCAUGGUAGUUGAUCACACCUCACGCGACAACGGACAG